AUGUCUUUCUCCAGGACGAGAGACUUGGGGAAUGUCUUUGUUGAUACAAUCAGUACUAGUGACAACCCUUCUGCCAAGGCAUCGGGGUUCAUGGAGGGGUGGGGGCCGUGUCGGUGGUGA